UGGCCGUGCGCCCAGUGCGCUUGGACCGGGACCCGCCCAAAAAUCAUCCCCACCUUUAAGUGCAAUCAGGCGCGCCUCCCCCUUCCCUUCUCUGCGCUCUCUCUCUCACACACGUUCACGGUCGAGGGUUCGUGUCUGCAGUUUUAAAAGGCAAGCCUGCUGUCAGCUCCGGACGAGAGCGCUGGAAGACACUGCUGGAAGCGGUCUUAUAAGAACAGGAAAGGGCCAGAGAGGGAGAAAGACUGGAGUGUACCAUCGCCUCUCCAUUGGUUUCUCAUCUUUCAUCAUUGGAGACUUCUGGAAACGAGACUGAUAUAUUCUUUAUUUGCCCGUGAAUAAGAUAUCCUUGUGAAGAGGGACCCAAAACUAGCAAUUACACGCACAGAAAUAUAAGACCGAAAUUAACACCGGGGGAAAUCCAAUCCAAGAAACCAAAGACACUCCUUGCACCAUUCCCUCCAAGACUUGCAUGCCGGCUGAUUGCAAAGACAUGAAUUCUCAACCUCAAUAACCGGACGCUGAGUGACUACCCAUAUUCACCCAUAUUUUCUUAUUUGAUUCACAGUCUCUUUGUGGAGUGUUUGCGAUUUAUUUUCCCCUCCGUUUGACAACAAUAAAAUAUGUUUUUGAGUUUCUGCACUCUGGUGACAUUCGCGUUGGGACUUGGGACGCGCUGCCUGGCUUCCUAUGUGCCGUGUGAGCCGUGCGACCAGAAGACGUUAUCCAUGUGUCCGCCGGUGCCGGUGGGGUGCCAGGUGGUGAAGGAGCCGGGCUGCGGCUGCUGCCUCACCUGCGCGCUCACCGAGGGACAAGCGUGCGGGGUCUACACCGGACCUUGCAGUCACGGGCUCCGGUGCCUACCGAGGAGCGGAGAGGAGAAGCCGCUCCACGCGCUCCUGCACGGCAAAGGCGUCUGCAUGAACGAGAAGGUCUACAAGCCGCUGCAUCCCACCAAAGAUCGGGAAUCGUCCAAUGAAGAUGCUCGCCUUCCCGAGGUGACGGAGGUGCUGCGUCCGCAGGUGAAAGUGCCGCUGUUCCCUCGGGACUCCAUCAACAGCAAGAAGGAGGUGGCCAGGAGGAAGGACCUGAAGAGGCAGCAGGGCAAGCUGAGGACCAUCAUCUACGGAGAACACACACCCCUCAGCGUGGCCGCCAAACACCAGUCUGAGUUUGGUCCAUGUCGGAGGAAGCUGGAUGGGAUAAUUCAGAGGAUGAAGGACACUUCUAGAGUCAUGGCCCUCACCCUCUACCUCCCCAACUGUGACAAGCGGGGCUUCUUCAAACGCAAGCAGUGCAAGCCGUCGCGCGGGCGCAAGCGGGGCAUCUGCUGGUGCGUGGACAAGUACGGGGUGCAGAUGCCAGGCACCAGCUUCAGUGGCGGCGACCUCCAAUGCCGAGACCUGGACAGUACCAGCAACAGUAACAACAACGAGUGAGCCCCAUCGGCUGCUGCCCGCUCACUUCCUGGUCAUGUGACCCACAUCCAUCCAAUCCCCACCUCUUCCCUACUUCCUGUUCCAACCAAGAUGGCUGCCUUCUGCCACCACCGACUACAACGUCUCAUCGUCAUCAUCAUCAUCGUACCUGUGCAGAAGCCUUUUGUAAGAUUAUUAGACCUUGAAUUUGAUUGUCUGCCUAGUUUCUGUUUCAUUUCCAGUCCUGAGAGUGUAUGAACACACGGAGAGUUUUUGAUGUGUUUUGAGUUCCACAUGAUGAUGAAAGAUGUUGUACGGCCACCAUGGCAGCAUCAUGUCCACUGCCAGCCACUCUCAAUGCUCGUGCCAGAAAAAUGAUGACAACCUCUUUAUUGGUUUUAUUAUGAGUGUGACCUGUAUAUGUCAAAGUUAGUCUUUGUCUAAGCACUUAAAAAUGACGACUUUAUUUUCAGGUUAAUUUCCUCUUCAUUGUAUCAAGUUUGUUUGAAAUGUUCAGUACAGUUAUUGAUUAAAAUAGUGAAAUUUGUUUGUCAAACAGAGAAAAAAAGCUUCUGGCAACCACUUGCCUUUGACGAGAGAGGUUGAGUCUGUUGACUAGCCUUUGUAAGCUAGCUUUUUUUUGUAAAAUGCUGCGUCCUUUGCUUGACAAGUACUGUUUUAUAUUUGAUGAUAUCGACUAUGGAAGCUACAUCAGACCACUAUUCACUCAGUAUCAGCCAAUGAGACGCAGGUCUAGUUUGGGUGAGCUAGCUUGAACUUGUUGAAUCAGAAAUUCUCUCUGUGUGACCGGUUGUAGAAAGAAACCCAUGGGCCCAUGCAGAUGCUUUAGAGAUCCCCCCCUCCAACACACACACACACACGCACGCAUGCACACGCACGCACGCACGCACGCACGCACGCACGCACACACACACACACACACACACACACACACACACACACACACACACACACACACACACACACACACACACACACACACACACACACACACACACACACACACACAAGAAGGUCCCAUGUCAUUUGACUAUUUCCACGACUGCCUAUCCCUCACGGUCUGUCUCCCUAUGUAAAUCUCAGUGCCUUUUCUUUUCUCGACGACACACAGACACUCACACACACACAUCUCACACACACGCAGUGGAGCGAAAGAUUUCAAUACUGAUUUACAUCAGCCAGAGCUGCAGAUGUGGAGAGGCCGACAGAUGCCCUCAUCGACACCACGCUGCACACACCCACCACCAGCUGCUAUUAGGGAAUGCUUUUGGCAAUACGUAGAGGGAUCAGGGUUGCUGACAGUGCUGGCCAGGCGCAGGACAAAGUCAUCUGAAAGCCCCCACCACCACCUCCCAACCCUCAAUACAUACAAUAUCAUAAGGACCCCAUUCUGAGCCCCCUGCCGUCUGCUCUGACAGUCAGAGAGAGUGAGUUGCAUUGGGCAUUGUUGACUACAACAAAAAGUAAAGUCUGAAACGACAGGGUUCAGAAAGCUGAGGACUAUGGGUGGGACCAAAUUGUUAUAGUUUGUAAUUGCCUCUGCAAGCUAUGACCAAUCCCAGCCAUAGUGAUUAACCCACCUCAGUGAUCCAGGUCUCUGAAGACCUCCAGUGGUGCAGUACUAACCUAACUUGCCAGGCAACAUUUUUUUGCUUAGCUGACUAGGCCAGGGGCAUUGCAUUAACACGAGGGGCAUUGCAUUGUUGUAACAGACCACUCGCUUUUCUGGAUCGUGAGAAUCACAAGAUCUUAUUUCUUGAUGCUAGUUCCCUACGCAAGAGCAGAGGUUUUUGUGCUUUUAGAUGUGUGAAACUGGGAUCCUCCAAGAGUUUGUAGGUCGAAAGCUGUACCACACCAAUAUCACCAGUAUCGAUGUGAAUGAUUGAUUUGACACUUAAUGUUACCCACCCCAGUGUCUUCCCUUUCUGAGCAUUAGAACCUGAGAAGCAAGUUUCGUAUCAUUAUUGUUGUUGGUGCCAGGGUCGCUGACAGCUUUUGCUGGGCCGGGACAAAGUCACCAAAAAAGUCUCCCCCACCCAAAACAUACAACGUAGUGAGCCAGUUCUGUGCACCCACUUCUCUCUGUGCCAUGGUCAACUCACCCCUUUGCCCCUCCACUGUCAGCUUCUCUGGCUGUUGGUACCAAACCCAGGCCAGUCAAGCAGCGCCCCCACAGCGUCAGAUCAGACUCAUAGCACAAAGUUAUACAGCUGUGGGAUCGCCUCCAAAGGCCCUCGCCUCCCCAAAAGUUGGCACUCAGAAUCAUUUGGUGAAACUCGACUCGACGACUCCACUUUAUGUGAAGGAAGUGUGGACGCACCCCAGACUUAGGGGUCUUGUCAUGCCAGAAUGACUGCCUUUCUCCGGUUGGUGGUGGUGGUUUGUGAGUGAGUAUGUAUAUGUGUGCUUUUGCAGCGUACAGUUAAGUCUGCCGCUUUGCUUCCAAUAGUAAAUAAAUCAGGAAACAGAGCUGUAAUGGUUUAAAUAAACAGCCAAAGUAUCAAGUUGGAGAUGAUUGAAGCGUUGAUGCGAGAUCGUUAAACCACUGCUUUGAUUGCUAAGCGGGCUCCGAGCCUUUGGUCCAAACCCAGUCACAGCACAGAAAAGGUCUGCUUUGUGUAUUUGUGUUUUGGAAUAGUGGUCGUGUUAGCUCUGCAGGAAUCGACCGAAUGACCUUGCCGUUGGAUGUGACCUUGUUAAACUCACUUUUAGAGAAACCACUAAGCAGCCUGAACGAACCAUGAGUGCACUGGUUCAGAUAGGGGUCUGGUGCGAGGCAAGGGUUGAGCAAAAGUUUUCGCUUUUGGUGGUCUAUCUCUGUAACAAAAAAAUAACACACUUAUGGAAAACCACUUUGUCCCAGCAUGCCGUUGCUAAAACAUGACUUAUUUCAUAAUGCUUUAAUGCUAUUGGCCGGAGAACUGAGAACUGGCCUCCAGCGUUCCAUCACAGAGAUCUAGUCGCCAUGACGAUAACCAACAUUCAACACCACUCUGGAGAUUGGAACACUAGUAUGAGAGAGGAGCAGAUCUGAAGAAUGUGGACACUCCUGCGUCCUAGAGAUUUUGGGGGAAUAUUUCAGGCUUGGGUUUGUUUAUUCCUACAUAAGCUCAUCGUUGGUAGGCAUCCAGAAAGCAUUUUUGGGAAUGAAUUACAAGAGUGCUUUAAAGCCACUGGGGAGAAACAAACUUCCUUUGCUGUGGCUAGGCGUUGGAGCAGCAUCGAAGGCAGCUCUGGUAAACAGCAAUGAGUGUCCCGUGUUCAUAAUUAGGAGGACAAAUGUCCAGAACCGAUAACAUUCAUCACAGUGCUGGAUAAAAGGCUUAACGAAUCUGUAGCCUGCUAUGGUCCAGUAACUUGGGUGAAGGGCUGCUGGUAGUUGCUUGCUUGACUAACACUGACAUGAAACAAAAAGUCUGUAAGAUGCAGACUCUUAAGACGUCCAAACAAAUGCCCACCCAGUGUUAUUUGGCUUAAAAGAUGCUGUAUGUCCCAUGCUAGUGUUGAGAGUGCCUCAAGUCUUCUCAGUCGUAGCCUACCACCAUGGCUGCCGGCCAUUUGUGGAAUGGGACAGAGACGAGAUACUCUGUUGUCACCUAGCAACAACACUUGAGGGCUGUUCUUCCUUGUUAGAUCUCUCAGUUCAGCAUGGCCUCAGUCAGGGCAGCUGGCAGCUUUUCCAGGGCCCGGAAAGUCAUUUGCCAUCAAUUCAUGGCCCCCUCUUCCUGGGCCCGGGACAAUUGACCUCUUUGUCCCUCACUGUUGGCUUCCCUAGCCUCAGUAAUAGGCCACUCCCCUUCUCCAUCAACCUGUGUGGUAACGCCUAGCAACAGAGCUAUUCUGAACCACACUGGCAAACCCCAUGCAAACGAGUCAUCUGCCCGCAUGAGUAGUGAGGGGUGAGGAGUGGAGGGUGUUGUGUUGCAUAAAACUCAUCUGCCUGGAUGAGAAGAGAUGGGUACGGUUUUCACACUUGUCUAGCAGUUAUUCUUGCCACCUGUCUCGGUUUCACCUGAUUGGCCCUGUUUUAAUGGUCUGCCCCAGGGCAAGAUCCUUCCUUGGACACAGAAUGAAGAGGGUCGAUUGGGUUGUUUAGUAGUCCAGUUUUUCCCCCCACACAGAGGUGACAAGCCUUCCGUCAGAAGGGGUGGGCAACGAUCAACACUAGUUCAUCUGGAUUGUGGUAGCGGUGGGGGGUGUGGAGAAUCAAGAUAUAAAAACACAGCCCUUCACAGUAGCGGAGCAAUUUUCACCAGGGCCCCUGGGCACUCACUGAUAGCCAGCCCCCCCAUACAACCUACCAAUAAGGCAGGGCCCUUGGCCCAGAGCUCACUAACCUGUCCCAUAGCUUCGUUCCUGUUGAGGAGAGUGAAGUAUUGAAAAUCAUUAAUCAUAGCCACUCAUCUGACACACCACUAUCAUCGUAUCUAAGUUGAAAUGACAAAUGGUGUCGCAGACACAAACAGCACUGCCAGCUGAUCCCCUGGGACUUGGCCAAGGUCCUCCUGACCCUCUUAUUUUAGGUGUGUGUGUGUGUGUGUGUGUGUGUGUGUGUGUGUGUGUGUGUGUGUGUGUGUGUGUGUGUGUGUGUGUGUGUGUGUGUGUGUGUGUGCGCGUGCACGCACGCGUGUCUGUGCGUGUGUGCGUGUGCGCGCGCAUGCAUGUAUGUAUGCAAAUGUAUGCAUGUGGUUAAAACUAGCAAUAUCACAUUGGCCCAACUGAACUGGAUAAGUCAGCAUGCCCUUGAAGCGAGACACUAGAUCAUGUGGUGUUAUUGUAUCUGGUUCCACUGCACCACUAUCUGUAUAAGGAUAUCAUCAUCUGUCACAGUUAUGCCACUUUUUAUUUUGUUUCUCUUUUUUUCUCCUAUGAAAAGAAAAGCUUGUAUUUCUGCCACACUGUUUUAGACAUGGGGAAAGAUAAAAUACCUACAUUGGAUGGGAGGGAAAGUUUUAACAGUGACACCACUUCAUUUGGGUGGGAGGGAAGGGUUUGACUGCGACACCAUUUCAUGCUUCACCCUGCCCUGUUUUUUUUGCUGACAGCAAUCAUGCACAAGUCUUCCUGUAAAGAAAGGACAGAAAUGGUAUCUCCAAUAUCACUGUGUAAUAUUUAUUCACCUUGUAAUUUAUGUACUCUAUCUUUGUCUUUUUGUAAUGACAAAGCAUUUAUUUAAAUA